AUGUCCCAAGGCGCAUGCGUACGAUGCUUGCCUGCGGCAUACCUGGAAGUCCUCGGCGGCCUUGGGAAAGGUGAAACUAUGGAAGCUGAAAGUGCCCCUGCCGGCCGAUCUUUGCGAGAAGCCACCCAGCGAAGGUUGCAGAGGUUUUCAGAGCUUAGAGGCAAAUCUAUGGCAGCUGGAGAAUUCUGGGACAUUGUUGCAAUUACAGCAGCUGAUGAAAAACAGGAACUUGCUUAUAAGCAACAGCUUUCAGAAAAACUGAAAAAAAAGGAGUUACCCCUUGGAGUUCAAUAUCAUGUUUUUGUUGAUCCUGCUGGAGCCAAAAUUGGAAAUGGAGGAUCAACCCUUUGUGCCCUUCGAUGUUUGGAAAAGCUUUAUGGAGAUGAAUGGAAUUCUUUUACUAUCCUAUUAAUUCACUCUGGUGGCUACAGUCAACGCCUUCCAAGUGCAAGCGCUCUGGGGAAAAUUUUCACUGCUUUACCUUUUGGUAGCCCCAUUUAUCAGAUGUUGGAAUUAAAACUAGCCAUGUACAUUGAUUUCCCCUCACAUAUGAAUCCUGGGAUUCUGAUUACCUGUGCAGAUGAUAUUGAACUUUAUAGUAUUGGAGAAUCUGAGUUUAUUAGGUUUGACAAACCUGGCUUUACUGCUUUAGCUCAUCCUUCUAGUUUGACUGUUGGUACAACACAUGGAGUGUUUGUCUUAGAACCUUUUAACCAUUUAGAAUAUAGAGACCUCGAAUACAGAAGUUGCCAUCGUUUCCUUCAUAAACCCAGCAUAGAAGAAAUGUAUGAGUUUGAUGCUGUGUGUACACCUAGAAAUCUUUUUCAACAGGAAUUUGCUGGGAGUGACAUGCCUUCUCUUAAAUUAGAGCCUGAGUAUGUCUAUACAGACAGCCUAUUUUACAUGGACCAUAAAACAGCAAAAAAGUUACUUGCUUUUUAUGAAAAAAUAGGUAUGCUACACUGUGAAAUAGAUGCCUAUGGAGACUUUCUUCAGGCUUUGGGACCUGGAGCAACUGUGGAGUACACCAAAAACACAUCAAAUGUUACUAAAGAAGAGUCAGAGUUGGUAGACAUGAGGCAGAGAAUAUUUCAUCUUCUUAAAGGAACACCAUUAAAUGUUGUUGUUCUUAAUAACUCCAAAUUUUAUCACAUUGGAACAACAGAAGAAUAUUUGUUUCAUUUUACUGCAGAUAGCAGUUUGAAGUCAGAGCUUGGCUUACAGUCUAUAGCUUUUAGCCUCUUUCCAUCGAUACCAGAAUAUUCUACUAACAAACCCUGUAUUAUCCAAAGUAUACUGGAUUCAACAUGUUCUGUGACACCUGGCUCAGUUGUGGAGUAUUCCAGAUUGGGGCCUGAUGUUUCAGUUGGGGAAAAUUGCAUCAUUAGUGGUGCUUAUGUCAAAACAACAGCUGUCCUGCCUGCAUAUUCUUUUGUGUGUUCCUUAAGCUUGAAGAUGAAUGGACACUUAAAGUAUUCAACAAUGGCAUGUGGAGUGCAAGACAACUUGAAAAAGAAUGUUAAAACAUUGUCAGAUGUAAAGUUACUUCAAUUCUUUGGGGUCUGUUUCCUGUCAUGCUUAGACAUUUGGAAUCUCAAAGUUACAGAGGAACUAUUCUCUGGAAACAAGACAUGUUUGAGCUUGUGGAAUGCUCGUAUUUUCCCAGUUUGUUCUUCUUUGAGUGAUUCAGUGACAACAUCCCUAAAGAUGUUAAAUGCUGUACAGAGCAAGUCAUCAUUCAGCCUGAAUAACUAUAAGCUGUUGUCCAUUGAAGAAAUGCUUUUCUACAAAGAUGCAGAAGACAUGAUAACUUAUAGGGAACAAAUUUUUCUAGAAAUUACUUUGAAUAGGAAGCAGUCUGAUUGA